AUGAAGCUCCUCUCCUUUGUUCCGCUCAUAGCCGCAUCGACCUCCACAAACGUUUAUGACAGCAAGACUAUCGUAUCGGUCACCUUCGCCGAUGCUUUCGUCGACGUUCGGGAUGUCCCAAAGCGUCUCGAAGAUGCCAAGGUCGCGCUCAAGCCUGGAAUGGCCGCCUUCCUGAAGACGGCAACUAUCAAGACUUUGAAGUCCUCGGGCUUGCAGGUGGUUGCUACUUCCGAGGACACAGUGAGCUUCGACGAUCUUUGUGCCUACUUGAAGGAGGCGGCCUCCAAACUCUCCGGUCUGGACUGUGAAUGCUCUCCUAAUUUCGCCAUCAAGGAAGAGGACACUAGUGACGAUCUCGGCGUGAAUGAUCCGAAUGCUUCCUUGCAAAGGGCAUUCAAGCGGAUGAACAUGCAAGAC